AUGCCGUUGACCACAAGGACGUUGUUGGAGACUGUUGCUGAUGACCAGCGCUAUAUAGAGAGUAUCAACCCAAACUGUCCUGCUGUGAAAAGAUGUCUUGAGAAAGAGGAUCAGAAUGUGGAUAUUUUCAGUAUCCCGAGGUACUCAUUUACCGCAUUCAGAUUGAGCUAUGCCUCCCCAUUGGAGAUAUCUCUGAGUUCAAAGGUGAUUCUUCUAGGGGGUGUACCUAAACAGUGGUCCCAAGAGCAAAAGAACCCGAUCUGGAAAGUUGUAGCAAAGCUUACGUCUAGGCAACUAAAGAAGAGAACAAAACUGGUCAGCCUCAAUGCGUAUCGCAGCAUUUACAAGAGAAGAGCGAAAAGAGUUAAGACAAACACGGGGCAAGUGAGUGUUUCUUGUAAAGGGAACCUUGAUGAAAGCGGUAACGGUUUGACUACCAAAAUUGCAACAACUUCAAACGGAUCGAUUGGCAAAGUGAGACCCUUUACUGCACCGAAUCCAACUGUAUCUGGGCCUCACACGUUUCUGAAUCCGGAUGCAACGAUGGGUGCUGAGACAUGUCCUAUCAAAUGCAAAGAUAAUGAUACUGUUGUAUCCGAUAUUAGGCAUGUACCAAGCCGUAGGUACACAUCUGUUGAAGUUCCAAUUUUAAGAAUUGACGACACAAGUUCUUCAAGCGUAGGAGAAAUUAUUUUUGACAAUUCUUGUAAAAAUGAUGAACUAUCUAAUACAGAUACAAGGAGGGAUAGUACUCCUAACAGCAUACAUACGUUACCUUGCAAGCAGAAUCCCAUGAUGACGGAACUACAAGCUAUUAAAUGCGAUUCUAAUAGAGCAGCUGCGUUAGAACCGGUACAAACUUUGUCCUGCCAUGAAAGAAAUAUGCAUGAAAGAGAGCUGGUAAUCACUCAGAUAGAGACUCUUAUCCAAACGACUUCAAGAAAAAAAGUUGAGAAAAUCAAAACAAAUGAUGAUGAGGUCCGUCUCGUCCCCACUGCCUCUCAAAACAGUUCAAGUAAUACAAACAAUACGGUUGAGCUGAACAUUCAAAAGUUGACACGUCUGUUACCAGAACCUGAUAAUACUGUGGCUCAUGAAAUGAUCAGAAGCUGUAAAAAAGACAAGGGCAUGGGCAAGAAUAUUUUGAUAUUAAACAAUACCAAAAUAACGCCCUUCAAUAGUCAUUCACCUGAGGUUUCAAACACGAAAAAUACAGUCAAGCGUAGGUCAAUAACAGGAUUACCAUGGAUAGACGACAAGCUUGGAGGAAAGGAUGAAAAUGCUCCAAAAUGCAAAAAUAUCUUAAAGAUGGACAAGAUGCUCGUGAUGGUAAAAGUUGCUGUCAAACAUAAAGAGCCCAUUCCAGAAUUCAAUGAAACUGAAUGUAUUGAUACGAGAAUAGAAGAACGGUGGAAGGAAUAUAUAGUAGUAGCUCGGGAAACCGACUACUCUCCCCCGUCAGUGUUGUUGCAGUUUUAUAGGAAAAGGAAACUGCUCAAAAAAUCUUUGGCUGGGGCCUCCAAAGAAGAUAUGUUUCACGGUACCGCUUUAGCUUUUCUUCUCGAUAGAAAUUGUCUCGUGAGAUUUUACAGUACCCUUGAUAAGACGAUAUCAAUUCAGGUACCAGAUCAUCUAUUACAAGAAAUACCAGAGGAAGAGUUUCCUACGGUUCACAGUGAAAUUUCGCCUUUAAAAAUAUAUAUCUUACGUUGUUCGACUUUGGCGAAGUCUUAUGAAUGGUUUGUGUUUCUUCAAAAACAAUUGAACAGAAGAGCAAUCCCUAAAUGUUUGUCAAUAAAAAUUCCAGAGGUGGGUUUGGUAGUAAGGGCGACCAUUCAUGAACCUGUUAUGAACUUUUUGACUGAGUUAGAGAAGAAGGAAGAAGAUAGCUUGAAAGUGGCGUUUUUAACCCGCGGCUACAGGAUAUUCCAGUGUCCGCUCUUAAGAUAUCUGACAGUAGUGGUUUUUCAAGAAUUGAAAAGAAGUGGCUACCAAGAUCAAAUAGACAGUUGGCAGCGUACUAACACUGUUUUAGGAUGUGACAUGAGAAGGUAUGAUAGAAUCGAAUGGUGUUCAGGGCAGGAAUCAGCAUUUUUGAAGGGAUCUUAUACCUUGGAAAAAACCCACCUCCUAGAAUUCAGAUCUUUGGUUCACUAUCCUAGACAAAUACGAGAUGAUUCAGGAAAAACAAUGCUGGAACCAACCCCAAUAGAAGGCUAUUUACUAAAAUGCUGCAAUAAGUUCGGGGCAGACAAGUUGAUGUUCGGUAGAAACUUUGUGAAGCCUUCGUACUUUUUUACAUGCGAUAAUUUACUUUUCCAUUUGAAUUCGCUUGAAGCGGUUCCACCUUUGCCACUAAAUAUAGAGGUUGAUGAAUACGGGCUUCCUUCCGAUAUAGAUGCGGCAACCGACGAGAUGGAAAAUAUGGCGGUACACUUUGAACAGGAUCCCUAUCCAAUUACAAUGGAGAGCCAUAUUUCUUGGUUGAAUAAAGAUAUUUCAUUAGCAGACUUCAACAGUAGAGACCAUUACGCAUUUAAAUGUUUCAAUAGGCGAAUUGCGCAAAUUUUAAAAACCAAUGCGAUUUUGGAAAUGACCAGGAUAAAGGAAAUAAAACAAGGGUGUGAUGAAGACUUUUGGGACCAUGAAAUGAGAAACACUUUUUUACAUGCUACAAACCUUGCAUUUUGGCAAAAGAAGGGGAUGGUUCUUUCUGAUUUCCCACAAUCUGUGAUUUUGAUAACUACAGAUGAUGAGCUGACUCUGAAAUUGGCGGCACCUUCUCCUAUUGUUGCCAAGGAGUGGGUCUCUUCUUUGAAGCGGAUGGUCUCGUUUUGGAAAGAACGGCAGAAACAUGAUGUGCAGGAAAUGUGGGGGGUAAAACGCUUCAACUUAGAAAAAUUGCGCAUAAAUGACAUGGAGGAAGCGAACAUCAAUGAGGGAACGGCGAAGUGGAUAUGCGACCGAGGCAAGGCAAAUGUUGAGCAGUUCAAUGUUAACAGUAUCUCGUUGUUGAAACCAUUACUGCAAAAAGGUUUACUUUAUCAAAAACCGAAAAAGCAUUCUGUAUUUUCCAAGUAUUACGUUCUACUAAUUCCAGGGUUCUUGAUGUUGUUCCAUUGUUACCACAGAUCUACAACUGGAUUUGCUGAAUCCGUCUUGGACUAUAGUCACUACAUGACAAUACCAAUUGAUAAAUGCUAUUUGUAUUCGGGAAGUACAACAGACCUUGAUUUGUUGGAAAGAGAUCACACUUUCGAUUAUUUGAACCCAGGAAACCACACUUUGCCCAGAGUAUACCCAGAUGGAUGGAAGUCAAAUGAGGACGAACCUUCACGCUGCUUCACGUUAUGGUUUGGUGAUAAAAAGGAGCUGAUUAAGUCUUCGAAGAUUGGUAAAACUAAUGAAGUCUAUGAAUGCGGCGAUACUGAUCAGAUGCUUGACAGUUCAAUGAGAGACGAUGCAGAUUCAAAAUCAAAGUCAAAAAGCGUUAAAUGGGUGGAUAAACUCGGUGUAAACGGACGGACCAUGGUAUUCAUGGCAAGGUCUAGGCAAGAAAGAGAUUUGUGGGUUCUUUCAAUUUACAACGAACUGGAGCGUCUAAAGAAGACCGACUGA